AAGAAAAUGAGAAGGUGGCUCUGACGAAGGGUUGCGGAGUUUUUUUUUUUGAAUUUUCUUGAGAAAACGAGGGAAAAUGAGAGAAACUUUGGGAAUGGAGAGGCAAAGUGAUGGAACAUACAUAAAGAAAGGACCAUGGACUGCGGAGGAAGAUGAGGUGCUGAUGAAUUACGUGAGAAAAUAUGGCCCCAGAGGGUGGAGCUCCAUUCGAUCCAUGGGACUUUUGCCGAGAACCGGCAAAUCCUGCCGACUAAGAUGGGUUAACAAGCUUAGACCCAACUUGAAAAGUGGAUGCAAAUUUUCAGCAGAGGAAGAGAGGGUGGUGAUAGAUUUGCAAGCACAGUUUGGUAACAAAUGGGCAAAAAUCGCCACUUAUUUGCCAGGAAGAACUGAUAAUGAUGUGAAGAAUUUCUGGAGCGCAAGGAGGAAGAGGCUGGAGAGGAUUUUGCAGACACCUCAACCAAAGUCACAGAAAAACAAAGGCAAAAGUCCUGUUCUUGAUCGACCAUCACCAGCUCUUAAGGUUAGUCCAUGUAGGUCUGCUAGAGUGGGGGAAGGAUCCUCAUCUUGUGAGGAUCAAAUUCAAGUUACUGAAUCUGUUUCUGGUUUAGGAAACACUGAAGAGUUCAGGAUGGUGCCGCUGCCUGAUCUGAUCAAGCCAGAGAUGCUAAGCAUGGAAAUUGAAUUUCCAAUACUUGAUGCUGCACCAAUUCAGAUGUUUCCCUCAACUGAAUCCUCAUUAGAUUACCCUCUCUCUCAUUUACCGCAACCACAACUUGACUUCCCUGUCUUGCCACUGCCACCGUUUGAGGGCCUUGCUCCCAAACCUAGUGAUCACGGUUUCCAAGACAUGUUUGAACAUCAAGAGGGUUCUAAGUCCAAAAAUGAACAAAAAUUGUUGACUAAGUUACCUUCUGUUGGAAUGGAGGGGAAUGCCCAAGUGGCCAAGAAGGAAGACAGGGGUAACCCUGAAACCCCAGACAGCUUCUUUGAUGAAUUUCCAACUGACAUUUUCGAUUAUCUCGAGCCUCUGCCAAGUUCAUUGGAUUGGCAAACUGUUAGCAAUUGGAACCCUAUGAAGUAGAGUUGCAACUGUUACUCGUUAGGCAAUGUGCCAGAAUGGUACUCUGUUGUUGAUGUAAUAUUAUGAUCUGUUGGUGUAAGCUCUGUUGUUGCUGGGAGCUGCGAUAAGAAACUAGGCUAUCUAUU